UCAUUUCAGCUCAGACUCUGUGAUGUGAUUUGUGAAUGGGAAGAGACAGUGAUUGAGUCUGAUCUGGGGACCUGCUGGGGAAUGUGACAGCGACUCUCCACUUCUCAGUCGCAUCGCACAGUCGCACCGCCCACGUGCGCAAAGGGAUAGAAAGAAAUAAGUAAAAGGGCCGCGCUUCAUUGAAAUGUAAAUGAGUGACACGGAAGUCGCAGAUGAAACUGAUGGGAGCGGAAUGCGGAGCAGCUGAGUCGGUGCAACUUGUCGCAAGGAUGUCUGCGCCUCUGGAGACAACUCUCUGCCAAAGAUUCGACGUUAUGUCUGGGGCUGCCGCUCCCCCCAAGAGCCUGGGCUUCUCCAUAGAGAGAAUUAUGGCCAAGACUUCAGAGCCCAAAACUGCAGUUUAUCAGCCCAGUAGCCCGGGGGCCAAGAAAGUAUUAAAUCUGUGCCCCCCUGUCCCCUGUCUGUUCCCCAUUCAGUGUCUGAACCCCAAAGCUUUGCUCAACUACUCGGAGCUGUGGAGGAACAGUCUCAGGGGCCCCUCCGGUCUCUGCAAAUCCAACUGCGACAUUUGUUGCACAAACGACUUAAAUCUGCGGCAGUCGCUGGUGCCCAACAGUCGGCUCAUUAAACCUCAGGUCAUUCACCAAACUCUGGGGAUUCCCAGCAACGGCUCCUUCUAUUACUUCAACUACCUGCAGUCUCCUUCCUUCCCCCCAACUGACACUUUCAACGGACACUUGCUCCCCUCCAGCCUCACAAACGCUCAGUCGCACGCGACUCUUUCUGCAGCGCAACAGAAACUAUUCCUGCUGGACAAUCCCAAACUCUCGGGUCUGACCGCCGACACCUUCCCGAACUCACAGAAUCCACAGAAAGAGCGACUGGUCGGACACUUGGAGCAGAUCCUGAAGGAAAACUCGGAAUUAUCUGCCGACAGGUCCAACAAGAAUCUCAGCAAAGUGUCCGACAACUGUGGGGAAGGAAAACCCAAAAUCUUCACUUGUGAUGUGUGCGGCAAAGUGUUUAAUGCCCAUUAUAAUCUAACGAGGCACAUGCCAGUCCAUACCGGGGCCAGGCCCUUUGUGUGUAAAGUUUGCGGCAAAGGAUUUCGCCAAGCGAGUACUCUCUGCAGACACAAGAUCAUCCACACGCAGGAAAAACCUCACAAAUGUAACCAGUGUGGCAAAGCCUUUAACAGAAGCUCCACGUUAAACACCCACAUCAGGAUCCACGCGGGGUACAAGCCGUUCAUCUGCGAAUUCUGCGGAAAGGGCUUUCACCAAAAAGGGAAUUAUAAAAACCACAAACUGACGCACAGUGGGGAGAAGCAAUACAAGUGCAGUAUUUGUAACAAAGCCUUCCACCAGGUCUACAAUCUGACGUUCCACAUGCACACCCACAACGACAAAAAACCCUUCACUUGCGCCACUUGCGGGAAAGGAUUUUGCAGGAACUUCGACCUGAAAAAACACGUCAGGAAAUUACACGACAACGUUUCAUCCUCUUGUUCCCAUAAGGAAAUCUCCAGGACUGGACAGAGUUAAAAAUUGAAAUUAAAAAAAAAACACUAAAGCAGCUGCACUUUCCGUCCAAAGUCGCACACUGUGAUUAUUAUUAACCACAAACUCUGGAUAUUACAAGAAGGAAACCCCAACCCAGAACCAACACCGCUUAUUUUGGGGAGAGGUCGAGGUUUGUGAACGGACGCAGGACUUUUAGCAUUUAAACUCUCUCUCUUAUUAUUUUAUAUUUUUAUUUUUAUGCUUUUUUUUUUAUGCAUUUGAUUUUUUCGUUUUAUGUCGGAAUAGAAACUUUUAAAUUGUAAAAUAUUUCCCAGGAAACUUGAGAUUUAUACAUUGGUGUAAAUGAAGAAUCUAAUGGGCAGACUAAGGAAUGACUUCUAUCACAAUAAAUACAUUAGAAAGA